CCAAGCCGUCGCUGUACUCGACUCCCGGGUUUAUUGCCAACUCUGCCUUGGCACGGUGCGCAACGUUUCGGUUUCGGUAGCUGCUGGUUUCGGUGCUGAGACGUUAUUCCCGCUUGUGACUUAAAAUGCUAGACACUUAGCCAGAAUUUUGAGAAAAAAGUGCAGAGAAAUAUAAAUACAAUCCGUGUAUCCGGGUGUUUCAACUGUGAUUUACCAAAUCGUUACGCUACGAGAGAACUACUGCCUCCCCCUAUAAAAACCAAAAUGGAUAUUAAAGCCUCGACGCCGCCAGUCCUUGAAGUGGCUGCCGCCCAGCCCGGCUCUCCGGCCGCCAAGUUGGGAAAUAAUGCAGUUGGAGCAGGAUCCGGGCCAGGAUCGGUGGGAGCAGCCAAUGCCUCGCUGGCCAGCAACUCCAACACCGCCGCCACAUUCCAGCACAUCUUCGAACAGCUGGUGCAGCAGAGCGGCGGCAACCACAAGCUGCCGCCCAAGCAGCUGGAGCACCUGCGACACCUGCUCGGCAAUGUCCGCGACGCCAAGAACCUGCAGCUGAUCGUGGAGAAGUUCAAGAACCUGGAGCAGUUCCACGAGCACUAUGCCGCCCAUCUGGCCAACAACAACACUGUGAUCUCGGCGGAAGAUAGCAACGACUUGCUGAAGGAUAAUGCCAGGAAGUUCGGAUCGGGCGGACAGACUCUGACCCCCCGCCACACAAUCGAUGCCAUUCUGGGCCUAAAGAAUCGCAAUGGAAACGGAACCGGAAAUGGCCGAGCGGAAGCGAUCAGCGAUGGCGAAAUCGAUCCCUCUAUGGGCGACGAGGACGCCACGGAUCUGCGCUGCGGCAUGACCCUGACGCAGCUGCGCAAUAUGGACAGCCACAUGGCCAGCAUGCUGCAGCAACAUGCCAAGAACGGCGGUGUCCUGCCCUAUGGCCCCCCAACUCCACCCGGCGGCCAGCAGCAGCAGCAGCAGGCCCAGAGUCAGACUCAGAGUGCGGCGCCCCUGCAUGGACAUGGACAGCACAUCGGUGGGGGUCAUCCGGCGCAUCCCUCCAUCUCCAAUCAUCCUGCGCACCAUGGGCAUGCGCCCUUUGGCUACCACAAUGCCUUUGGGUUUGCACAGGGACAUGGAUACGGAGGGCCCCAGGAGGAAGCGGCGGGCAAUUACCUCAACUCGAUGCAUCAGAUGGUCGAGGCCAAUCAAAUGCAGCCGGCUGCUCCUCCGCCCCCGCUGCCGCCCAGCUCUUUUGGUAGCCACCAGCAACAUUUGGCCGCCUUGGCCGCGCAGGCGCAGGAACAGCAGCAGCAGCAACAGCAUCAGCAGAAUCAGCACGGCAAAUACGUCAAGUCAUCGCCGCCUCCUCCUCCGCCUGGCGGUUACUUCUUGGACGGCCAGACGGCGCCGGGCGCGCAGUCGCAGAUUGGCUACGACGAGCGUUCAAUGUCCUCCACCAGCGAUAUGGAGGAGGACGACGAUGACGCGGCAAAGCUGCCCCUGGACGUAACCUCGCCGCCCACUCCGGCGCCACGUGGUCCGCUUGCCGCCGCCGCCGCCGGUAAGCGCAAGUCCGCCGGCGUUUUCUGUGAUGAUAAUGAGCCCAAAUUGGCCAACGGCCAGAUGGGGGGCAAUUAUGCCAUCCGAGCCCGCAGCCUGGAUGAAGUGCAGCAUCAGCAGCAUCACCAGCAACAGCAGCAGCAACAGUCGCAGCAACACCAGCAGCAGCAGCAACAGCAGAGCUUUCAGCACGACUAUCGCAACAGCAGCAGCAAUGGCAACGGGCAUUCCAAUGGCAAUGGCAACGGCUCCGCCGGCGAUCAUGGCGAGCGGCUGAAUGCGGACAGCGAUAGUUUGGUGAACGGCAGCUGUGCUUCCAGCGAGGAUCUCAACCAGACCAACAGCAGCGAGCAGGGGGAGAAGAUAACCUCGGGGAGUGACGAUGAAGGCCAGGACGACAACUGUGCCAAGAAGAAGCACCGACGCAAUCGCACCACCUUCACCACCUAUCAGCUGCACGAACUGGAACGGGCCUUUGAGAAGUCACAUUACCCCGAUGUCUAUUCCCGCGAGGAGCUGGCCAUGAAGGUGAACCUGCCCGAGGUCCGCGUCCAGGUGUGGUUCCAGAAUCGCCGCGCCAAGUGGCGUCGCCAGGAGAAGUCGGAGAGCCUGCGUCUGGGGCUGACCCAUUUUACCCAGCUGCCACAUCGUCUGGGUUGCGGUGCAUCCGGUCUGCCGGUGGAUCCUUGGCUGUCGCCACCUCUGCUAAGCGCUUUGCCAGGCUUCCUCUCGCACCCGCAGACGGUGUACCCCAGCUAUCUGACGCCACCGCUGAGCCUGGCGCCCGCCAACCUAACCAUGAGCAGCCUGGCGGCCAUGGGUCACCAUCAUGCCCACAAUGGUCCACCGCCGCCCCCACACGGCGGCCAUGGGGGGCAUGGUCAGCCGCAGCCGCCGCCGCCACCACCCCCACCCCACGGAGUGCCCCAUCCGCAUGCCGGCCACCACGUGGUGCCGCUGUCGCACCUGUCGCCGCAUCUGGCACGCAUGUCGCCGCAUGCAACGCCCCACGGAGUGAGCCCCCUGAGCACGCCCCACCACAGCACCCUGCCACCAAGCUCAACGUCUACGACCGCUGCCGCCGCUGCUGCUGCAGUGUCGUCCUCGCAGUCGUCCUCCUCCUCCGCCUCGCUGGAGUGCAGCGGUCCGGACGUAUGCAUGUCGCCGCAAAACCUGAGCAUCGGCAAUGCGGACUCGAAUUUGGAGGGGCGGGACCUUAGCAGUGACCUGGAUGCCGGAAGCAGUAGCAGCAAUCCGGGCAGCGGCCUGGACAAGUGUGCUGCCAGCGCCAAUAUCGAGCUGCUGGAUGUGGGUCGGGACAGCCCACCGCCGCCGCCCACGCCCAAGCUUUCCGCGACGCCGCCGGCGGACAUGCGGAGCAACUCGAUCGCCACGCUGCGGAUCAAGGCCAAGGAGCACCUGGACAACCUCAACAAGGGCCUCGUCUCCAUGGUCUAGCCUUAAACGCUGGCAAUUCUCGAGUCCUGAGUUCAGCUCCAA